AUGGGUCUCGAGCCCGCGCUCCUGCCCGCCAGCGGCGAUGGCUGUGGAAGCAGCAGCAGAGCCACCACUACUCCUUUUAUCGGCGACCCCUAUUUUUCUUUUCCAGCUGCCGCAGCAGCAGCAGAGUCGACACCAGAGGCGGCUCCUACCGUUGCCGAGUGGCACCAGCGCUUCCCGCUCUUCUGCGAGGCGCCCCCCGCCGGCGCGCUCUUCCUGCCGUCGCGCCUGACGAGCAGAGACCUUGGCGGCCGCGCUUCUUCUAUUGCUGCUCCCGUCCCCGCUCUUAUCGAAGAGGAGGACGACGAGUACGAGCACGACGACACGCUCCGCCAGCAGCAGUCUCUCUUGGCACAGGAUUCUUUCAGCGUCGCAGCCCCUGCCUCUCCCAUCGACGUCGAAGAGGAAGAGGAAGAAGAAGACGAUGAGACGCGCUACCGACUGUUCCUCGAGGCGCUCGACUUUUCCGCGUUCCAGGACCGCUUCCCGUUCCAGCUAGCCACUAACCCGGCCGACGCCCCCGAGCAGUACACGCUGGCGCUGGAGCGGUUCGAGCAGCAGCAGCAGGCGCGCGCCUGGUUUGAACAGGAGCAGCAGGAGCAGCAGCAGCAGCAGCAGCACCAGCAGCAGCAGUUCUACGACGAGCCGUACAUGCAGCGGCAGUCCCAAGGCCUGGCCAAGCAGGAGCAGCACCAGGCCACCGGCGGAUACGAGCCCUACGAGCCCUACGAGCCAUACGAACCCUACGAGUACGACCAGGCGCGCCGCAUCGACCGCGCCAUGCACCGCCAGCGCCAGCAGUACAGCCAACUGAGCCCAUCGCGACCUCCGUGCGGAGGAGGCGGGGGCUGCGGUCCCGCGCUGGAACUGAUCCGCGAGGAGGACGAGGAUGGCGGCCAGGGCGACGAGGAGAGUGGUGGGUAUCUCCUUGGUCCGCGGGGCUGGAGCCGGCGUGGCUGA